ACCAGCGAUGAUGAAUCACAGUGGGACACCGAGUCGAUGCUGGAGACGACCAGUUCGCUGGCCUCGUCCGUUCGAGACUACACGUAUGAGAACGGUCGGCGGUACCACGCUUACCGGCACGGGCAGUACCCGAUGCCCAACGAUGAGCAAGAGCAGGACCGACAAGAACUGUUCCAUCACAUCUGUCGGUUGUUGACUGGCGGGGAGAUGUUUCGGGCCCCCAUCACCGCGGCAGGUACACCUCUUCCAUCCGCGCAACGCAUCCGCAUCCUCGACAUGGGCACCGGGACGGGACUCUGGCCAAUGGACAUGGCGGAGGAUUUCCCACAGGCGGAAAUCCUAGGGACGGACCUGAGUCCGAUCCAGCCUGUCUUCGUGCCGCCCAACUGUCGCUUCUACGUCGACGACCUCGAGAGCGAAUGGACGUACCCGCCCGCCGAGGCGUUCGACUACAUCCACGGCCGGUCUCUGGCGGGCGGCAUCGCCGACUGGCCUAAACUGGUCGGCCAGGCGUACACCCAUCUCAACCCGGGCGGUUGGUUCGAACUGCAGGAGUUUGAGGCCCGCAUCACCUCCGACGACGGCACGCACCUCCAGUCCCCGCUUCUCCGCGAAUGGCUCGACAAGCUCGAGUUCUCCAGCCAGAAGUUCGGCAAGCCUGUCAUGAACGUCGCGGCCAAUCUUGCCUCCAUGAUGCACCAGGCGGGGUUUGUCAAUAUUACAAACGAGAUAUACAAGUGUCCCAUCGGCUCGUGGCCGAAAAACCCCCGCCUCAAAGAAAUCGGCCAGGUCGCCAAACUCGCCCUCCUGGAAGCCGUCGAAUCCUACUCGCUCGCUCUCUUCACCCGUGUCUUGGGCCAGUCGGCCGAAGAGGCUCUGGAAUUUGUCUCGCGCGUGCGCUCCGAGAUCCUGCGCAACACAUACCAUAUGUAUGUCCGCUUUUACUACGUGUAUGGGCAGCGGCCGGAAUAGACCGGGUAUGAUGAUUUACGAAGUAACGAUAAUAAAAAUGAACAUAGUCAGUACAGUAAAGUGUAUUCAGUAGUUAUACAGUAAUGUUUCAGACAGUAUGUUCAGUGUUCAUACUAAGUGGUAUGGAUUGGAUAGCCGCCAUGGCAGCUUCGGGUGACGGACUCGUCCGCACAAUCUCAAUCACGAGCCCGAGCCAGCGGUCAUCGCAGUCGACGAUUGUGUUGAGUAGGGCCUCGAGGAGGGCUUCUUUGCCCUUCCAGCUGUCGUUGGCUAGUGUUUGUUGCAGCAUUGUUUGUUGAAUGUGCUGAAUGUGCAUGGCCAUAUGAGUAGACUGCAUCUGUAUCUGUUGCAUUUGCAUAGGCACAUGGAUAGGCGUC